AUGACGUUUGUCCUACUCUUUUCGUUCAUUGGCCUCUCUACUUGCUUGAUGAGAGGAAAUGAGACCGACAGACUUUCCUUGCUUUCAUUCAAAUCCCUCAUAAGUGAUGACCCGUCCGGGGCCCUCCAUUCCUGGAACAACACCCUUCACUUCUGCCAGUGGCAGGGGAUCACUUGCAGCAGAAGGCACCAACGAGUCGCUGUUCUAGAUCUUCCAUCCCUCAAGCUCAUCGGUUCAAUUGCGCCUCACAUUGGGAAUUUAAGCUUCCUCAAGGAGCUUCAUCUUCCAGGUAACAAGCUCAGUGGUGAAAUCCCAUCUGAAAUCGGGUUUUUGAAGAGACUGCGGAAGUUAAGACUGCUAAACAACUCACUGAACGGUGAGAUCCCUCCCAACUUAUCCAACUGCUCUGCCCUUGUCAUCAUCGAUAUUAGAAAUAACCAGCUUCUGGGAGAGAUCCCAAACGAGUUUGGCUCUUUAACAAAGCUUAAACAGCUCUCCAUAUAUAAGAACCAUCUCACUGGACACAUACCUGCUUCCAUUGGCAAUUUGUCUUCACUGAUUAUACUCUCGGCAUCAUAUAAUAGUCUGUAUGGCAGUAUCCCAUUUUCCCUCGGUCAGCUUAUGAAUAUCCAGUUCCUUUUCGUAGCUGUAAACAAUUUGUCCGGCACAAUUCCUUUGUCCAUUUUCAAUCUGUCGGCUCUGACCUAUCUUGAGUUCACUGAAAACUUUGAACUCCAAGGAAGUCUUCCUCCUGACCUGUUCACCACCCUCCCAAAUCUCCAGUGCUUAACGCUUGAAUAUAAUCAAUUUUCUGGGCCGAUCCCAGUUUCAAUAACAAACGCAUCAAACCUUUUGUUUUUUGAUGCUUCAUUUAACCAGUUCUCGGGGUCCGUGCCUUCCUUAGCAAAGUUGCAUAAGCUUCAGAGAUGGGAUAUUGCGGGCAACCGUCUGGGAACAGGGGGAGCCGAUGACCUAUACUUUCUCUCUUCAUUAGUCAACGUGACGGGACUAGAGGUUGUCAAAGCCAGUGGCAAUUACUUUGGAGGACGACUACCAGAAACCAUCAGCAACUUUUCAACGAAUCUUAGAGUUUUUUAUGCUGGGAGCAAUCAGAUAUCUGGAGAGAUCCCUCCUGGAGUUGGAUAUCUUGUCAAUUUGGAAGAGUUCUCUGUGCAGAACAAUCGAAUUUCUGGUACAAUUCCUAGGAGCAUCGGAAAGCUCCCGAAUCUCGUUCAUGUGUACCUUGACCGAAAUCAAUUGACUGGUCAAAUUCCAUCCUCGAUUGGAAAUUGCACAAAAUUGGUCCUUCUUGGUUUAGGUGCCAACUUCUUGCAGGGGAAAGUGCCCCAAAGUCUAGGCAUGCUGCAAGAAUUAGCUGGUCUGGAUCUUAAGAUUAACAACCUUACUGGUCCUGUACCCCUUGAGAUUUUCGGCCUUACAUCGCUGUCAAUAUCGUUGGACCUUUCUGCAAAUAAUUUUGUAGGCAGUCUGCCCAAUGAAGUUGGAAACCUGAAAAAUUUGGGUUACCUUGAUUUCUCAAAUAACCAGUUUUUGGGUAAUAUUCCAGCCACUUUAGGAACUUGCGUAAGAUUGGAGCAGCUCCUUAUGGGGGGAAAUAAAUUGCAAGGGUCGAUUCCAGAGUCUUUAGGUUCUUUGAGGGGCUUAGAAGAAUUAGAUCUUUCCCGUAACAAUCUAUCAGGUGAGAUCUCGAGAUCCUGA